AUGCCCCCCCGGCGCGGCCACCCCCCCUCCGAAUUCCUCCUCCCCAAUGGCACCAAAGUCCUAGUAACCCUCCCCGACGAAGUCGAAUCCCUCCGCAAACGGUACGCCCACACCGCCCACGCAGACCCGCCCAUCCAAGUGGAAGUCGUCGUGCACGGAUCGGAACAGCACCGCGACCUGCUGCACCAGACGAAAUCGCACCAUGAGACGCGGCGGCAGCGGCUGAGGGAGCGGGAUGGGGUUGCCCAGGUGUUGGAGGAGUGGGAGGAGGUGAGGGCGCAGUUGGAGGGGUUGGAGGCGCAGUUGUUGAAGAUUGCGAAGGAGGAGUAUGGGGUUGGAGGGGUGAAUGCGAAUUUUGAUAAGUUUGGGUUUCAUGCUAAGUUGAGGACGUAUGGGGAGGGAGAGGGGGAGGAGGAUGGGGAGGAAGGGGACGGGAUGACGGCGUCGUCGUCGGGGGUGAGUAGUUAUAGUGGGACGACGGAGGGGAAGGGGGAGGCCGGCGAGGCGAUGAAGUUAUUUCAGCGGCCGGUUAUUAAGCAGUAUUUUCAUCGGGGACUACUGUGGCGCUCGGCGGAAAACACAGAAAUCAUGAGCUUCGAGCUCUUUUUCGACCUCCUCUACGUCGGCAUCAUCGCCAUCAACGGCGACCACGCGGCCGAGGAGUCCGACGGGCGCGAGCUGAUCCGGUUCAUCGUGACGUUUUGCAUGAGCUGGCGCAUCUGGUCGGAUGUGCAGCAGGUCGUCAGCUGGUUCCAGACGGAUGAUAUCCUGCAGCGGGUCGAGAUUAUUUUCUUGAUUUCGUGUCUCCUAGGACACACCACCAACAUCAUCCAGGCCUUCCACGCCGGCCAAGACUCCUACACCCAGAUGGUCGCCUUCUACCUAGCCGCCCGUCUGGCUAUGGCCAUCUACUACGCUGCCACAGCCUUUUUACUACCCCUCGUCAAAGGCACCAUGGUGAGCGAGGUCCUCAACAUCCUUGUCGGCGCUGCCCUCUGGAUCGCCAGCACCACCGGAGGAGCAGGUGGCGAAGAAGGAGGAGCCGAAUCACCCCUGAACGUAACCCGCAUCGUACUCGCCUUUGUGGCCCUCGCAGUCGAUCUCUUCGGCAAAAGCGUAUCAGUAGCCCUCUUCCGGUACGGCAGCGCCCACGAGACACCCCUCGCCCUGCGCUUCCGCAGUUGGUUUGAGUUCUUCCCGGCCAUCAACAUCGAGCACAAGGUCGAGCGGACCAAUGCGUUUGUGUCGCUGGUGUUUGGGUACUCGGUCGUGGGCAUCAUGUUCCAGAAUACGGGGGCGUUUGCGAUGCCGCUGAAUGCGUUUUUGGGGAAGGCUAUCUUGGGGUUGACCCAGGCGGCUGUGUUUAACUGGUUGUAUUUUGAUAUUGAUGGGAGUACCCUGCGGGUGCAUGCCAUUCGGCGGAGCGUGCAAUCCUCCCUCCUCUGGCAAUGGUCCCACCUCCCCUUCAGCAUGGCCUACAUCCUUGCCGCAGCCGCCCUCUGCAAAAUGGUCGUCCUCCGCGAUUCCGCCGCCACCCCCCUCGACGGUCUAACCGAGGUUUACCAAGAACGCUCCGCCGCGACCCUUUCCCUGGGCCUGCGCUUAUACUACUGCGAAGGCCUUGGCCUGGCGCUGUUCUGCAUGGGUCUUAUCGCGCUGAGCCACGAGCACAAAGUCCCCGCGGGCCAGUGCCGGUUACCGAAAUGGGCGCGGUUGAUGAACCGGUUUGCGGUGUGCGUGGUGUUUUGCUGUUUGCCUGCCGCGGGGACAGCGUUGAACUCGUUGGGGCUGAUCGCGAUUACUACGGCGUUGAGCGUGUGGACGCUGUUGUUUGAGUUGUGGGCCAAGAGCUGUCGGGAAUCGUCGUAUUGGGGGGAGGAUGGGGAUGAUGCGGCGUGUCGAAGGUAUACGGCGAGUUGUUCGCGGAAGAGGUUGGAGAGGGCGACGAAGGAGAAUGGGGAGAUUGAUAUUGUGCAGCUGGGGCGGUCCGAGAAGACGGCUACUGCCACGAUUGCUUGA